AUGGCUGCGCUGGUUGCUGAUGUAACUCGUGUCGAUAAACUGACUGAAAAGUUUGGCAGACAGCGGAUCGAAGAGGGUUUCGUAUACGGAGCUGAAAAAACUGGUUCGCAGCUUGCUGCAAACAACAACGCUGGAGAUGCAGCGUUCACAGAACAGCAUAGAGCUUGGUUUAUCUGCGAAAGGCCGCCCGUAAGAGGCAAACCUGAAAGACGCACUGGCCAAGCGAAUAAGCCGCGCGGCGUGAGCCGCAAUUUACCGCGUCUAACUCACAGGAAAUCGCCUCCGCUUGUCAGUGAGGUACGCAUCAUUCAAGUUCGAAACAACAAACGGGGUAUAAGUCAAAAUCAGGACCCAUCGGAAAGGGAAGAUGAAAGCAAACUUUGUAAAGAUAGGUUUUACAUUUCUCUUAGAGAUAACGACGAAGGAUUUGACUUAUCUAGCUCAAGUGACGAUGAACUGCGAGAGCUCUAUUCAUGCAAAACCGAAUUUUUGGAAGCGAAUCCUGAUGGUAACUUAGACGCUGCGGAAGAACAUUCCAUUCGGCUACCAGACUUGGUCAAAGAUCAAAGUGACAAGGAUGCCAGGAGGAAAAGGAACAAAAUUUAUCGAGGUAGUUUGAAAAAGAAACUUAAAGUCUCAAGACCUAGUCUUGAUCUAGAGAAGAUGCUCGCAAGGAGAAUGGAAGAUAUGAGAUCUGAUAAGGGACCGGAACACAUAUUCCAUCCAAUUCAUCAGAUGUAG